AUUGAUUGUCACUUAACAGUUAAAAUUUUACAUAAAUUCGACAAAAGCAAUCCGAAGAACGAGAUGGACAGAUUUAUAAUUCGAGAGCUGGCUGUAAUCCGUAUUCUUCAUCAUCCCAACAUCAUCAAGUUCAUAAAGACUAUCGAAACAAGCAAACGCCACCACAUUUGCCGGAUCUCAAUCUCAUCGAUAUUCUUCGAUGGACUGUCCACUUUGCUACACAUGCACACGAAACCUGCAAGAAUUGAAACACCAACUUGUGGAUGCAUGGUCCUAGAUACCAGAGAACCUACAAAUCUCACUGAAUCCAUCCUCGAAGCUACUGAAGCAGCACGUAGUACAUUUAUACAGUAUAUAAUCAUGGAGUUAGCACAACGUAGAGACCUGUUAGAGAUAAUUAAGAGAAAUAAAACAAUAGACAAAGAGAGAACUUGUCGUUGGUUUCAUCAUUUAAUAGACGGCAUCGACUAUUGCCAUAAUAAAACCAGAGAACAAAAGGAUUUAUAUUCCGGAAAUUCGAGCGGACAGUUGGUACCAAAGAGAAUAUGACCAAAAAUGUGAUGAAGAAGUACAAAAAGCAUGACGAAUUUCUUACUACGACAAAAUAUAGAUGCAAAAGUCAGAAGAUAAAUGCGAAAACUCUAAAUAAUUAACACCAAUUUUCAUAAAAUAUACAGAAUUAUAUUUGAUAUGAUAAACUGACUUUUUCCUAUUUUGCAAUGUAUUUAACUUACGUUAGAUCUAGUUCAAAUUACAUCACUCAAGAACAGAAAUUCUUAUAUUCGAAGUUCUGUUAUUAAGUGAA